AUAAUAGAACAACUAAAAAGAGUUUGGGGUUUUCGACCCUUCAAGUAACAAAGAUUCCAGACCAAACCAACUGUAACAAAUUCCUUCGUGGAGAAUGGAGAAUAGGGAAGACCUGAAGUCCAUCUUACCAUUCCUGCCAUUAGUAAUUCGAUCCUCGAGUCUGUUUUGGCCAUCACAAGUUGUAGAAGCUCUCAAGGCACUCUCAAGAGGACCCGAUUGCAGCAAUGUUAACUCUGGAGAAUUGUUGUUUACUGCUAUUUCUGAUAUCAGGAAUUCUCUUACUCUCUCUGCUGAACCUUUGGCUCCUUUUUCCCGAGAAGGUUACGCUCUCUACUUCGAUGAGCUGAUGUCCCGGUCUGAGUCAGCAAAAUGGUUUGGAGAGGUUCUCCCAGCAUUGGCUAAUUUGCUUCUGCGGAUGCCAUCACUUUUAGAAUCCCACUACCAGAAUGCAGAUAACUUGCUUGAUGGUGUCAAAACUGGCCUCCGCCUGUUGGUUCCACAAGAAGCUGGCAUAGCUUUUCUCGGCCAGGAAUUGAUUGGCGCUCUUCUUGCAUGCGCUUUCUUUUGUUUGUUUCCGAUUACUGAUAGAGUUGCAAAACAUCUUCCAUUGAUCAAUUUUGAUCAUUUUUUUGAGAAUCUGUAUGACAAUUAUAGUGAAAAGCAGGAGAACAAAAUAAAGUGCAUUCUUCACUAUUUUGAAAGGAUAUGUUCAAAUACAUCUGUGGGCUUCGUCUCGUUUGAGAGGAAGGUUCUUCCUUUGGAACAACUUCCUAAAAGUAUUGCUUAUCCUAAGGCUGAUUUUUGGAACAAAUCUGCUGCACCACUUUGCCCUUUUGAGGUUCACAAUUCAGGCUUUAUAGAAGAUCAGUUAAGUGAAGCCCUUGAAGUGGAUUUUGCUAACAAAUAUCUCGGGGGUGGUGCUCUUCAUAGGGGCUGUGUACAGGAAGAGAUCCGUUUCAUGAUCAAUCCUGAAUUAAUUGCUGGCAUGCUGUUCUUGCCUUGCAUGGAGGACAAUGAGGCUAUAGAAAUUGUUGGUGCAGAAAGAUUCUCUAAUUACACAGGGUAUUCCUCUUCAUUUCGCUUUUCUGGUAAUUGUGUGGACAAAAGGAGCACUGAUAAUUUUGGAAGACGUAAAACAAGAAUUGUUGCCAUAGAUGCAUUAUGUCAUCCAGGGUGGAGGCAAUAUAAGUUUAAAUUCCUCAUUCGGGAAAUCAAUAAAGCAUUCUGUGGGUUUUUUGACCAAUCUAAAUGUCAUCAUUACGAAAAACUAUUUCAAGACAGUGGCCAAGGAAUGCAGUGUAAACAGGAAGACAAAGACCAUAUAUCCAUAAAUAAUUUUCUGUUAGAUGAAGUUCCCUCAGCUUCCAGUGAAAUUGAAAUGCAUAAGGAGGACUCUUCAAAUGGACUGGUCAGGGAGUCUGACAAGAAGGGCACCUGGUGCCUGCCCCAUGAAGAUAAAAUUGGGAUUGCAACAGGGAACUGGGGCUGUGGUGCUUUUGGAGGAGAUCCUGAAAUAAAGACAAUAAUUCAGUGGCUUGCAGCUUCUCAGGCAUUAAGACCUUUCAUCCUGCACUACACAUUGGGCAUUGAGGCAUUGCAGAACCUGGAUAAGGUGAGCCAGUGGAUUUUGGAACAUGGAUGGACAGUUGGAGAUCUGUGGAAUAUGUUGGUGGAGUACUCAUAUCAGAGGUUUAACGGGGAAACUCAUGCAGGCUUCUUUACAUGGUUGCUCCCAUCGCUGAUUUCGCACGAGGGUGAGAUAUCAAGCGUGCCCAACAGCCCUUAAACGUUUUUGUAUAAUCCUCUUGAUUGUUCUAAUAGUCCCUCUAUCAUAACUUUUUAGCUUUCUCCACUGGGAAUCAGACUUGGCAUUUUCUUUUUACCCAAAGUUUAAACGAUAAAUAUCAGUUACAGGUUUUUUUU